AUGUCGGACCGCGACGGCGACUCCACCAUGCAAUCGUCCCCCACUAAUGCUGCCUCGGACGAUGAGAUGUUCCCUGACGAAGCUCUCCCAAACAACCCAGCCACACCCCACAACUCCAAUCUCGCAGGCGUAAACGAAAUCUCACCACCAAACUCACAACCUACAACCCGCGAGACCCUCGGCGUCAACUCAAACGGAAAGCGUCCACUGUCUACCGGCAUGACGCAAGCAGCUACGAGCAACGGCACGGGUGGAAGCGGUACCCACCAGGAUGCUGAGACGGGUUACCAGUGGAGCAAGCAGGAGGACCAGCCGGGCUUUGAGUGGAAGAACACUAGGGCGCGCGAGGAAGAGGCUAGGGCACUGGACAACAUUGUCGACAAGAGCAACAUGGUUAGAUUGCGUUACGGUGAUCCGCUCGAUUCCAGCAUACCCCCAAAGACGAAGCGCUGA